CCCGUACCGUUCCCUCAGUCGGUCGGCCGCCUGCGUCGCGAGCGGACGUAUCGCGUUCUACGAAUUCCUCUCUACACGUAAUCGUCGUAAUAACCAACAAAAAAUAAAAUAAACUGUGACUGGUCUGUGUUCACGUAACGUUCUCUCGUAAAGGGAAAUACGGCUUUAGCUAACUGGAUACACGUCGGUUUUACAACGUUUAUUGUUUUUAGUUGGCAAGUGCAAAAUGUGAUGUUAUGUGUGCUCAACGAGCGUACCGUCCUGUGUAACGUUGCCUCAAAGUGAACUACAUGGAUGUAAUGUGCUUUUAAAAUUGGAAACUCAUAAUCUACCCACUUCGCAACCGGAUUUUUUAUUUGAGAUUUAGCUGGGAUGACAGUAGAUCUAUUAAGACAACAUUCCUGAUCUUUGUAGCAGAUUGAAAUGAGACGAAGAACAGAUCAACAGAUAUGCGAGAGUACAAACUCCAGUCCACACAACUGCAACGACACAUGUAAUCAUAUGUCAACGGUUAGAACAACGAAAAUGAGUUCGCCUACCAGUCGUAAACCAACGAUGUCGCCUCUCCGAGCUGGAAGACGGCUAGCAACCUUCAUCACGUCCAAUGCCUUCCUGGUGCUGUUAAUUUCGCUGGAACUACUGGCAUCACGGAGUGGAGCUGCUGCACUGGCCAACUGCCCAGGAGGCUGCAACUGCAACGACGAAACCCUCGUCGUGGUGUGCGAAGAAAGCCGCCUCGACGUCCUCCCUAUCGCGCUGAACCCUUCAAUACAACGGUUGAUCAUCCGCAAUAAUAAGAUUAAGACUAUCGACAGUUCGAUGCAGUUCUAUGCAGAUCUACAACAUCUAGAUCUCUCACAAAAUCACUUAGUUAACAUUCCAACGAAAAGUUUCGCAUAUCAACGCAAACUACAAGAGCUGCAUCUGAAUCAUAACAAGCUAUCUUCAGUAACAAACACAACUUUCCAAGGACUUAAUCAACUAACCGUUUUGAAUUUGAAACGUAACUUCUUGGAGGAGUUAACAAACGGAGUGUUCACUACUCUGCCACGAUUAGAAGAACUUAACUUAGGUCAAAACAGAAUAUCGAGGAUUGAGCCCAGAGCCUUCGCUGGAUUAUCGGCUCUACGGAUCUUGUAUUUAGACGACAAUCAGCUGAGCUCAGUGCCAACCACAUCGUUCAGCCUGUUGGGCAGUCUGGCAGAGCUACAUGUGGGAUUGAACGCAUUUUCAUUCCUGCCUGAUGAUGCCUUUGCAGGCCUUAAUAGACUGACUGUGUUAGAUCUAAAUGGAGCUGGUCUCUCCAACAUUAGUGAAUAUGCGUUUAGAGGUCUUCCAGGACUAAGAAGUCUCAACCUUUUUGGAAAUAGACUCAUUACAGUCCCUACACUUCAACUGUCUGGCCUGACAAGAUUAGAGGAUUUGUAUAUCGGACAAAAUGAAUUCAUCUCUCUGGAAAGCCAUUCAUUCAAAGGCUUGAAAAAUCUGAAAUUACUAGACAUCACAGGCGCCACUCAGUUGGAAAGAAUUGAAAAAGGAGCGUUCGAAGAUAACAUCAAUUUGGAAACAAUUGUUCUUGCAAACAAUAAAAAGUUGGCAACCAUUGAAGAUUGCACACUAUUGGGCUUACCAAAAUUGAAACAUGUUUCUCUGAGAGAUAACGCUAUUGUUACAUUAAGCGAAACAGUGUUUAUUGGAAAAGAGUUGAAGCAAUUAGAUUUAACUGACAACCCUAUCUUCUGCGAUUGUCAACUGUUGUGGCUACAACAAUUAUUGUAUGAUAAGAGCAAUUUCACACAAUUACACUGUGCCAGCCCUGAACAUCUGAAGGAUAAACCUCUAAGGAACUUAAAUGCUGAUGAUUUGGGCUGUGUCCUUCAUGACACACGACAGCAAACAAUCAUCUGCAUCGUUGUAGUUGCCUGCGUAGCUACUAUUGCGACAUUAGUGUUAAUAUUGUAUAGAUAUCGCAAGAGCAUGCAGGAGAAACUCAAAGACUACAAAUGGAACAAGGGGCGUAAAAACCUCGAGUACCAUAAGCCCAUUUCCACUGAGGAAGACUGCAUACUAGAGCUUUACGCCUCUCCGAGCGUUUUCUUCAUGUCAGGCGGCCAGGGCUCCGCCCGGAGGCCGCAACGCUCGGGGGGCGGCGGCACGCUGCCCGCCAACGGUUUCACGUACAUUGGCGGUGACACGCGCCCGCAUCAGCCACUUACGCUAAAUAAUGGCGCACCGGCUCAUCAUCUCAACAAUGGCUCUUUGCGCUCAUUACCCGAUAAAAAGAAAAACCGCAACGGCGUCGUCUGCCACCCAGAGAACUUCCAGCGCAAUCUCGACACGCGCUAUUCGAGGAAGCAGGAGAACGGCUACAUGCGCAACUCUGAAACCAUUAUUGGUUUCCCGCGCAACGAGCGCGAGUACGAGCGCGAGCACAGCGAGUACAGCGAGCCCGAGUACUCCAUCAUCCCGGAGAACGGGUACGGCCGGCCGCUGGACGAGUACCCUCGCGCCUGCUCGCACUCCAACACCUUCAACUGCUGAGUGCAGCGCACCUGAACUAUCUCAAUCGUUUGUGAUCUUGUAAUUCUAGCAAUAAAUCUUCAUUCCAUUAAGUUUUCUAUGGACGGAGUCAGUCGUGACGGACGUAGUGCUCUAGAGCGGUUAGUGACAUUAGAAAUUCGGGUCCGGUGUACGUUCGACCAGUGAGGACUAUCCUGUAUCGUAUUCGUUUUAAAGAGUACCUUAUUUGUAAAUUAUAAAUUUAAGUAGUGAUGGAUCUAUUUUUCAAUGGAAGGUCGGGGCUCGGAGCGUGUGUAAGUGAGACUUCCACACGAGACAACGGUACAAUGUACGGACUAGUCGCAGCAGAGGUGUGGGGGGGCGCCCUCCAUGGUGUACAUCAUAAAACAUUGUGAUUUGUAAUAUUUUCUACCAGUGCGGUGGAUUUUGUAUUUGAUUUUGUACAAAAAACCAUUCCAUAUGAUAUCUUUUUAAUGUCUAAUAUUUUAUUUAUAAAUGAAUAAAGUAAGUGUGCGUUAAAUAAGACACCAAUAUGAAAAAUAUUAGGAUUAAAGAAUGUAAAUAUAUUUAUACUAUAUUGAGAUAUUUAUAAAAUUUAAUACAUCUUGUUCUUCUAAAAUUAUCAUAAAAUUAUUUCGGGAUAUUGUAUUAUUUGCUAUAAUGACUGAUAUCCUAAUUACGAGAUUUCUUAUGUCUGUCACUACCUACCUAUACUUAGAUACCUACUUACACUACAUUUCUAGUCGUGUAAGGACGAACGCACCCAUUAUUUCUAAUAUGAACACUUCGAUCACUUUUAUGCUCAAUCCUAAUAUUGUAUGUAAUAAUUUAUUAAGAUUGAAGUAAACGAAGAAACGAUGUCUUAUUGCUGUCAUUGUUAAUUAAUUCAUUAUUUUGUUACCUAUUUUCUUUAAGUCCAUGCUAUGAAUGUCGAGUGAUCUAUUUAGAAAUGUGUUACUAAAUGCUUAAGCAUUUACUGAUAGCUUCUCAAUUACUGCUACGAUGCAUACCAAUUAAGUUAGCCAGUAUUAAUUAGUUUAAUUGCAAUCAUGUUUAAGCAUUGCCUCAUUAUCUCGAUUCGAAUUCUGCGAUUCAGGAAAAAUGUUGAAUAUCGAAAUGAGGACA